GCUGUGCUCUCAUUUGUUUACAUCUUCACGAACCCGUUCUGGUUCUCCAUGACGGGCACAUUGCGCACCGCAUUGUACAGGACGAUCGACUGGCGACCCCCCAACUCGCUCUUUGUUGUAUUUCGUAAUACGUUUAUAUGAUUUCAGCGUACGGACAACGGGCAUGUUGAGGGGGAAGCGCAGCUCAGCGCAGGAGAAUCUACUUAGCCUGGCCAGGAGAAUGACGUACGGAAUACAUGUAUGUUCUGUAAUACCGGUUUUUUUUUGUGUUACAUUUACAAUUGGAUAAUUUGCCAUUGCCUGCUUUCAUUCUGCCCAUGCCACGAGUAAUUCUGAGGAGAUUUAUCGCUACUGCUUUUAUAAUACUGAGUGUAAACUGUGGGGAGAAUGGCGAAACUACUGGGGAUGUGUACCAUCGUGAUGGUCGUGCUGGUAACAAUCGCAGCACUGAUCAGCGCUAUGGUCCUCUCCUACUUCACAGAUCCAGUGCCAUACGAUGGACCGCCCCACCCUCGCGGUGACAGUCCCCCUUACCCAGGCGCUACGGCAGACAACCUCUGGUGGUUUAUACACAUCUCUGACAUCCACAUAUCCCGCUUCAGAGACCCUCAAAGAGCAACGGACUUCAAACAAUUCUGUGUGGAAAACAUUGAUGUCAUCAAGCCUGAAGUCGUAGUUGUCACAGGUGAUUUGACCGAUGCCAAGACGUACGACAACAUCGGUUCAACACAGUUUGAGAUCGAGUGGCAGACGUACCAAAACACGAUCAAGCAUGCUCGUAUUCCGGAGAGAACUGUUUGGUUGGACGUCAGGGGAAACCAUGAUGCGUUUGACAUUCCACACACCAGACAUGAUUCAAAUUACUAUAGGAAAUAUUCAGUUCUUCGGGAACGAGGAGAUACAACGUUCAUGUACCAACACAAGACUCCGUUUGGGACCUAUUCCUUCAUUGCAUUAUAUGCUCUGCUGGAUCCAGGUCCAAAGAGACCCUUCAACUUCUUUGGAUCUAUGCCUGAGGAAGAGGUGGAGCGUCUGGAAUCCUACGUGUCACAGGUGGAGAAGCAGAGUUCCAACAACCAUACAGUGUUCUUUGGUCAUUACCCGUCCUCUACGAUCCUCACAUCUCAAAGACGACUCACACAAAGCUUGAGGAGUGGUAUAGCGUACCUGUGUGGUCAUCUACACAGUCUUGGUGGGUUGGCCAGACACAUGGAAGCGACGCAGAAAACGGGGUCAUUGGAACUAGAGGUGGAAGACUGGAAGAUAAAUAGAAUGUAUCGUAUAAUGGCAUUUGACCACGACAUGCUGUCUUUUGUGGAUGUAAAAUUGAACGAGUGGCCAGCCAUUGUUAUCACCAAUCCAAAGAGAGCUCGAUUCAUGGCACCCAAACAUGAACCGGUCCAUAAAAUGAUGCAUUCUACCCACAUAAGGGUGCUAGUCUUCUCACCAGACCCCAUCAAAGCAGUAACAAUCAGCAUAGACAGAAAUGUCAUAGGAGCUGCCAAACACGUAGAAGGCCCACUAUACGUUUUACCAUGGAAACCCGAAAUUUACUCAAAGGGUCUUCAUGAAAUAUCAGUCAUAGCUGAGGAUUUUAGUGGGAGAUCCAAUGCAAACAAGGAGCACUUCUCACUCGAUGAAAGCAAACCAGAACAAUGGUUCGUGCCAACAGUAGUUCUUCUUAUAGAUAUCACAAAAGCAUUUAUGCUGUGGAAUUUUAUCCUGUUAUGCCCACUAAUACUACUUCUUGUUAUGCUGCGUACACAAGUCAGAAAAACAGCUGCAGGUUUUUACCGCAGCGUUGUAGCAAGGGGCUUAAUACGCCUCUCACACAUGGAUCUAUUCUUCUAUUCAUUAAUAGCAAUGAUGAUCUACCCUUUUAUAGGUCCGUGGUGUAUAGGUCACUUUCUGACCGGUCACAUAGGAGUGUUAACAGCCUAUGGUAUAUAUGUACUAGGUGCCUGGAUUCCAGAGACCUUUGGCAUGGUUGUUACAGUAAUUGAUAUUUCAGUGAUCUACAUCCCCCUCGUACUCUUCUGUGCCAUCCACUUAUCGCCCCCACCCCCUCACGUAUCAAAUGGGACGGUCUCGAGCUCGAAUCGGACGGCCAAGCGGCAAAACAGCGCCCUCAACCUAGUCUGGAUUCUAGUCAGUAUACCGGGCAUGCUCCUGGGUGCUCUAUUUCAGUGCUAUAGCCUGUACACGCUCUACAGCACGUACGGCUGGCUGGCGGUCUUUGUCUCCCCCAAGUUCCUAUGGUCGUACGUCUGGUCGUAUUAUCUUGCCUAUCGUUCGGUGACAACAGGACCAGUGUGGGUGCGUUACCGAUCGUGUUAAUGCGAUGUAAAGUGUUAAUUGUGUAAUAUCUGGUGCAUUCCGUUUGUAAUAUGUGAAAUUAAUCAAGUUUUGGAAAUAGGUGAUCAAGGGAGGCCUGAAUGAGGUGUGUUGACCAAAUUGUGGUUUAUGAACAAUUUUAGUCUAUUUUUCCAUUCAGUGGAAAUGGGACAUGGUGUAUGAAUGAUUUGAGCUUUAAUUUGUUACAUUGUUGGGAUUGUUCCGACUGCCGUGCAUCCCCGUAAGUUAUUACCAUUGUAAAAGUAACAUGUACCAGUGCUGUUUUCCGAUGAAAUUUGUGUACAACUCAUGUUCACAACUUCACGUUGAUAUCUCUCUAAUGUUGCUGAAUUAAUUAUAGUGCACUUUUAUGUACUUCCAGUUGAGUGUUUUUGUACUUUAGUAGUGUUUGAAUAAUCAAAAUAUUUUGAUUAAAUUGGGCACCAUGAGUCAAUCAUAGUCCUGUAAGUGUUACUGUAAUGUUGCUGAAUUUAUUAUAAUAAGCUGGUGCACCAAGUGCCCUGUAAAUUGACUUUGUUUUUACAAUGAUGUAAAAUAGAGAUCGUCUAAUGCAAACCAAAUGUGUGGCUUAUUGCUGAUCUUGUAAAUGUGUGUUGUUGACCUUUGACCUGAUAAAUUGCAGAUGGUAGAUCGGCAAAGCCCAUCAUUCUGUCGCACACUACACAAUCCAUCAUUAAUAACAAUUCUGGAAAGUGUUAUUUGAGUUAAUUAUGAGAUUUAACAAAAAUCCCACAUUUUCUGAGUCAAAGUCCUGACCCGCCAUACAGCAAUUGCAAAAGAGAGAACAGGAUGUAUGACAGAUUUUCAAAAAAAAUAAUAAAAAAUGAUGAGCUUUGAAUUGGUUUAUUAUAAAACCAGUCCUAAAUCUUGUCUUCAGUUGAUUGCCAAUUUGGACUUUCCUCAAAUGGGAAACCUUACAAAACCCCCAAUCUUUUUUUUGGUUACCAUCUACAAUUCUACAUGUAUGUUAAAGUACAUUCUUUUUGUGAUGAGUCACAGCCAAUAGGGACUUUUAGAUUUGCACAACGACAACGUGGAUUGCUAUGAUCGACAUCCUUUUAAUGCACUGCCUUGAAUGGACGUCACACGUAUCAGUCCACGCAAAUCUAAAAGUCCCUAUUAACCACCUAUUCAAGAUAUUGUAGGGAAAUCAGGGAGGUGGGUGGUUAAUAGAAAUCCCACCGCUGCCACCAGUGUAGCACAAUAUUAGACAAAUUCAUGUUUGUGAGUGCAUUAAUUAGUUAAUGAGCACUGCAUGCAGUUUAAAGUCACAAUUGGAUAAUGAACAAGACUUCUUGAGUUCAUCAUCCGUCUUAUCAUGACUUUACAGAGUACAGUGCAUAUCACUAGUGCACAAGCUACAGGUACAUAACAAGAAAUAUUUCCUUCAUGAAACAAUCUACAAUAUGAAUAUGAAGACAAAAGAUUGACUACCGGUACAUUGACAUUGCGUCUUUGAUUUUUAACCUUGCCAUGUUUUCCCACUAUUUGACUGUAGGCCUACAAUGUAUAAGAAUUUUUACUAGUAUGUAUCUUGAAUUUGUAACGAGUAUUAAUAUACAGGGUGCUUUUUUAGGCUUCUGAACAUGUGAAACAUGCUUCACUAUCAAAGAAAAUUGAUAUUACUGUAGAGAUCAAGACGGAGCAUUGUGGUCUUGUCAUAAACGCGAUUUUGGUCAAGUCAGGUUUGGCUGGAUUUCAAUUGGUAUAGAAAACAGUCACUCAGUCGUUUCAGCAUCUCAGUUGUUUCAGCAUCUCAGUUGUUUCAGCUUCUCAGUUGUUUCUUUUAUCCAUUUUAUCUAUAUUAAUUGUACAUUGUUGUCGUGUGAAUGGAUUUAAUGUGAAAAUAGUAACAAAUGCAUACCCUGACUUGUUCCAAGACUCAAGACUCAAGAGAGAAAGAGAGUUUGACAAGUUCAUGGUAACAUAAUAAGCCCAACAUUGGAACUUGUUCGGUAAUCGCAUUAAGUGCCUCGCUCAUUAUGUAUGCCAAAUUUGGACUUGCUUGUGCUGCAGGAUCGUCUGUUAAGAGCUAAGAGGGCAAUAACUUAAAGUAUACAAGUAAAUGCCCUUCUGGCUCUCAACAGAUACAUUCAAACCUGCUUUAGUGACCACCUGUAUAGAAAGACCACCUGUCUACAAAGACCACAUUUUCGUUUCUCUUGAAAUUGGUUUGUUGUUGAAACAUGUACUAAAGGAGCCUGUACAUAAAGACCACCUGCCU